AUGACAUCGGAAAACACCUCGGGCUCGCGGAUCGAGCUCUACGACUCGGCUCUGACGGUGCCCUCCGACUCUGAGAACUAUUCGGCCAACCACGAGCUCUCAUCCUCGCCUCCUUCGACGUCCAGUUCUCCGCUGAUCCUCUACAAACCGCCCUCGCUGUGGAGCAUCCUGCGCGGCGCGGCCAUCAACCUCAUCCUGCCCUUUGUCAACGGGCUCAUGCUGGGAUUGGGCGAGCUGCUGGCACAUGAAGCAGCUUUCCGUCUGGGCUGGUCUAAUACCAAGAUCUUCCCUACGUACCGACGCUCAACACCUGUUGGACCGGGCAUUGAGAUGAGAAACAUCCCGACCCAGAGGAGGGCUCCGCGGGCCAACCUGAACGACACGACGUCUCUGGAAUAA